GACUAAUAAAUGCGAUAUCCAGCAAUUAGCUUUUUCAAAAAUAACAUGCUUUCCAUAAGAAUCUUCCUGAUUUUGCUCGUAAGCUGCAUAACUGUUAAAAUAAACCUUUGUUUUUCCAGCAUACCUUAUCCAUUAAGAUCACUCACCCUUGAUGGGCAUUUCAAUUUUGAUGAAGUUCAACAUGCAGCUAGAGAUUUUGGCAAUAGGCAUCACUACCUCCCUUUGGCAGUACUACAUCCAAAGUCUGUUUCUGACAUUGGCACAACAAUAAAGCAUAUUUGGGACAUGGGCUGUCAUUCAGAGCUCACAGUUGCAGCCAGAGGCCAUGGCCACUCACUCCAGGGUCAGGCACAAGUCCACCAAGGGCUUGUCAUCAACAUGGAAUCCCUUCAAGGCCCAAAAAUGCAGGUUUACACUGGAAACUUUCUAUAUGUGGAUGUCUCCGGAGGUGAAUUGUGGAUAAAUAUCCUGCAUGAAAGUCUGAAAUAUGGGUUAGCACCAAAAUCUUGGACAGACUACCUGCAUUUAACUGUUGGUGGUACUUUGUCAAAUGCUGGGAUCAGCGGGCAGGCCUUUCGGCAUGGCCCCCAGAUAAGUAAUGUCCAUCAGCUGGAAGUAGUUACAGGAAAAGGGGAGAUUGUGAACUGUUCAGAGAAGCAGAAUAGUGACCUCUUUCACAGUGUCCUUGGAGGACUAGGUCAGUUUGGCAUCAUCACAAGGGCCAGAAUAUCACUGGAACGAGCACCUGAUAUGGUGAAAUGGAUUAGAGUACUUUACUCUGAUUUCAAUACAUUUGCCACGGACCAGGAGCAUUUGAUAUCUGUAGAAAACACAUUUGAUUAUAUUGAAGGGUUUGUGAUCGCAAACAGGACUGGUCUCUUGAAUAAUUGGAGAUCUUCCUUCAACCCACAAGACCCAGUACAAGCCAGCCAGUUCAAGUCAGACGGAAAAACUCUCUUCUGCCUAGAAUUAGCCAAGUACAUCUACUCAGAUGAAACAGAUUUAGUAAAUCAGGAAGUUGAGAAUUCAUUGUCCCUACUAAACUACAUUCCUUCAACUCUUUUCAUAUCAGAAGUUUCGUAUGUACAAUUCUUAGACAGGGUUCAUGUAUCAGAGAUCAAAUUACGGUCAAAAGGCUUAUGGGAAGUUCCACACCCAUGGCUCAACCUUCUUAUUCCCAAGAGCAAAAUACAUGAUUUUGCUGAAGGAGUCUUUGGAAAUAUCAUUAAAGAGACAAGCAAUGGCCCCAUCCUCAUCUAUCCACUCAACAAGUCAAAGUGGGACAACAGAACUUCUGUUGUUAUACCAGGGGAAGAUAUUUUCUACCUGGUGGCAUUUCUUUCCUCCGCUGUUCCCUCUUCCACAGGAAAAGAUGGCUUAGAACACAUCUUAACUCAGAACAAAAGAAUUCUAGACUACUGUGAAACAGCAAAUCUUGGAGUGAAGCAAUAUCUGCCCCACUACACUACACAGGAAGAGUGGAAAACGCACUUUGGGCCACAAUGGGAAGUUUUUGUACAGAGAAAAUCUACUUAUGACCCUUUGGCAAUACUUGCUCCUGGCCAGAGAAUAUUUCAAAAGGCAAUACCUUUCUCAUGACAUCAACCCUAUUUUAUUAUUAAAAGAAAAAGGACCUCACUACAUGCAAGAAAGAUGCCUUAACCACAAAUGCUGUAAACCUAAAACUAGGAAAUUCCCAUGCUUUCUCAGAUAUUGUAAGUCUAAUGAGGAAGUGGUAGUAACUGGUUGUUUUUUUUUUUUUUUUGGUUAAAGAAAAUAGGCCAAAUAUUUUGGAUAUAUUAUUAAUUAGAUUUGUAGAAGGCAAUAAAAAACAGUAGCCCUACAAAGAAUGUAUAUUAUCGAGCUUGUGUACAAGACUAUUUUUCUUUCUGAUAAAUCCAAUUCCGAAGCCAGACAUGAAAUACUUCCCUGCACAA